AUGGAGGGCAGUGUCGAUAUUCUCACGAAGGAACUGCAUCCAAGAGCAAUACUCCCAGUAACUCCCGGCUCUUCACCUGUUACUAGAACAUCUAGCGAGAAAAAAUCGAGGAAACGGUUUUUUGAGCAUCGUCAUAUGAUAAAGAAUGCUGGCGAAUUACUGAAACAAUUCGAGCUGUCUGAGAUUCAGAAACCAACCUGCCUUAUAGAUAUUAAGGACUUCGAUUUCGUCGCAUCAUACAAUUGGAGCAAUUCAGAUGUGCCUAGGAUUUUUGUUCCUGGAUGCCCAGCAAAGUGGAAUCCUCCUAGUCUUCCAUAUCAAGUUCGGAAGGACAAUGGACAAGUCUUUAUCGAUCAAAACAGCCACCGCAGCCCUUCAGCAUCGUUUGAUCCUUUUUUUAAAGCCUUACUCACGAUGCACCCAAACUUUGAUAUGAAACCCAUCGGAUUGGCAACAGAUCGAAAUAGUCUCCGCAAGUUGUUGCACUUUGUUUCGGGCAAAGUUCCACAAAGCUGGCGGAUCGAUGUCGAUAUCGUCGAAGGCACGAUGUUCCUCACGCGGUGGGAGAAAAGCCAAGUCCAAAUCAUCACCGGAGCUCGAGAUUCGGGAUAUGGCCAUGACUUAGGUGGAAUCGAAAGCCUCGUUAGAUUUGAAGUCGAUGGGUAUGUUGACGAUGGCUCUGGUAUUGAUGAUGAGCUUAGUCAAGCACUCUCAGGUCUCCAUGUCAAGAACUCCGCCAGCAUAUUUGCUUCAUCCCCAGCAUCUGAAGUCAAGGUGAUCCAAAGAGGCCGUUUAGUGGACAGCAAAACUAUACUUGAACUAAAAUCACGCUCAGCGAACCUAAAGAUGCAGGAAAUCAUACCACAGCUCUGGAUCGCGCAGACACAUCACUUGUUUGUCGGCCGGCAUAAAGAAGGACUAGUUGAAGUGGAGCCAGAAAGGUUGAAUAUGGGCGAGCAUUUCCCAACCUGGGAGAGCAGGAACCAGGAGCAUUUACGCACUUUGGUAGGCCUUAUCACAGAGAUCAAAGCGAUUGCGACGGGGGUGAAGGGAGGAAAGUGCAUGUUAGUUUGCAAAAUGGAGGAGAAGCCUAGAGUCCUGAGGAUGUAUAAGAGAAAUGGGAAAAACUUCUUCCUGCCUGUAGGGGCGAGAGAGAAGUGCUGGAAAAACGUCAAUUAG